AUGUCGACUGUCGACGAGAAGCGCUCCGUCACCCCCGAGUCCGUUGACGCGAAACACAAUGCGCUUGCAGAGUAUACGCCUGAAGAGGUCGCGAAGGCGUGGCGUAAAGUCGACCUGGUAAUCAUGCCAGUAGCGUCGCUGCUCUAUCUCGCUUCCUACAUCGACCGCGCCAAUAUCGGAAAUGCGAAGAUUCUGGGCAUGUACAAGGCGCUCGGACUUACAGACUAUCAGUAUAACCUCGCCUUGAGCAUAUUCUUCGUCGGAUACGUCAUCUUUGAAACGCCCUCGAAUAUCUUACUCAAGCGCCUGAGGCCACGGCUUUACAUCCCAACUUUGACUGCUCUUUGGGGCACGAUAUGUGCUCUGUUUGCCGUAGUCCAGUCGCCUGGGGCUCUCAUCGCGAUCCGUUUUUUCCUGGGUGUGGUAGAAGGCGGCUUCCUUCCUGGCGUCGUGUUCUGGCUUGGUUCAUGGUACCCUCGUCACGUACAGGGUCGCCGCUUCGCUGUCUUAUACAGCACUGUUUCCCUUACGGGUGCCUUCGGUGGUCUACUUGCGACAGGCAUCCACUCUCUUGAUGGCGCUCAUGGGAUCGCCGGGUGGAGGUGGAUCUACAUCGUCGAGGGAGUCGUCACUGCAGGACUCGGCCUUCUUGCAUUCUUUGUCAUGGUUGACUACCCGGUCACGGCAAAGUUCCUCACCCAACGCGAGCGCGAAAUCGUGAUUCGGGCAAAUGAAGCGGAUCGCGCUCUCAAGGCCCAGGAGGUGUUCGACCGGAAGCUGGUCCUGAGCGCGUUCACGGACUGGCGUACCUACGUCUGGGCGCUGGUGUUCCUAUCGACGUACAUCCCCGUGUAUAGUGUCAUUCUCUCGCUUCCGUCGGUCGUCACGGGCCUCGGAUACAGCGGCACGACAGCAACUCUGAUGGCUUGCCCACCAUACGGUCUCGGGUUCAUCAUCGUACUGACGGCCGGCUGGACUGCUGACCGGUAUGGGAAGCUAUACUUCCACUACGUUGGCUCUAUCGUCGUGACGAUGAUUGCGCUCAUUGUGCUCAUGUCCACGACGAACCUCGUCGCGCGCUACGUGAUGUUCUUCUUCAUCAUGUUCAUGUUCAUCCCCAUCUCAAUCAUCUGGGCAUGGGCGUCGAGCAACAUUGCGGGCUCGAAUAAGCGUGCCGCAGCAACGGGCUUCAUCUUCAGCUGCGGAAACAUCGGUGGUGCCAUCGCAGGCCAGAUCUAUCGCGCCGCUUGGGCCCCUCGCUAUGUCCAAGGACAUGGAAUCAACCUCGCCUGUUAUGUCGUCGCCCUGUUGGCCGGCACUGCGCUCUGGGCGAGCUACCGCAGGGAUAAUGCUCUACGUAAGGCAGCACAGGGUGCUGCGAGCGACGAGGAAGGUGCACAAGAGCACAAGGUCAUGUUGGGAGAGGACCUCGGGGAUCUGGGAGACAGACACCCGAGCUUCAGAUACUACUUGUAG